AACACUGCUCCGAUUUUGCCGCGAAACUGAAUUGAGAAUGAGACGGCGAGAGACAAAUGUCCUGCUUCUUUGAAUAACGUUAUUAUUACUCAUUUCUGACCCUCGGUGUUUGUCUGAAGCUUUUGGGAUGUUUUGCGAGAAAGCCAUCGAGUUAAUCCGGGAACUUCAGCGGAUGAGCGACGGUCAGCUGCCCGCUUUUAACGAGGAUGGACUCCGGCAGGUUCUGCAGGAGAUGGAAGCUCUUUAUGAACAGAACCAGACUGAUGUAAACGAGGCGAAGGCUGAUGGUCGAGCUGACUUGAUCCCCUCCAUCAAACUGCGUCACUGCUGCCUGCUGAGGAACCAGCGCUGCGUCACAGCCUACCUCUACGACCGCCUUCUGAGGAUCAGAGCUCUGCGGUGGGAGUACGGCAGUGUUUUGCCACCAAACGUCCGCUUCCACAUGUGUGCAGAGGAGGUGCAGUGGUUCAGUCAAUAUAAGAAGUCUUUGGCCUCCUUCAUGCGCUCUCUUGGAGGGGGGGAGGGUCUGGACAUCACUCAGGACAUGAAGCCUCCUAAGAGUCUGUACAUUGAGGUGAGGUGUUUGAAGGACCACGGAGAGUUUGAGAUCGAUGAUGGAACAGUGAUCCUGCUCAAGAAAAACAGUCAGCACUUCCUGCCGCGGUGGAAAUGUGAGCAGCUGAUUCGUCAGGGUGUCCUGGAGCAUGUCAUGUCCUGAAUAAUGUGAUCGAUCUGCAAAGUGUUUUAUUUUAACAGCAGGAAAACAUUUUCUGCCUGGAAGCUUCAAAGUCCUAAUUCCCAUUGUCCUUUGAACACAACAUGUAAGCAAUAAACUAUUUCUUUUUCUUUA